UUUUUAUAUUUUUGUGCCAAAUCCUAAUAAACUUAUUCCCUAUCAGGAAAAUACCACUGCCCUCAAACCAGAUGAUAAAGGACGUAACGGCCCCAGAGCCUCAAUGGCAGCUGCUGCCUGCAUCGAUGGAUCGGCAGCAACAGAAUUAACCGCAGAAGAUGCCCCUCUACAUCGUCGCCAAACAGCAAAAGCAGAAUCAGCAAUACAACAACACCAACAACAAUUAAAACAAUUAAUUGAGGAACAACGUAAAACAUCAAAAAUAGACGAAGUUGAAGCUAAUUGA